CGUCGCUGCUCAACACGAGCUGUGCCUCGAGCUACUUUUUUACUUUCCGCCGUGGCCUUUGCGAGCUUCUUCCCAGUGGUCCCAAUGCCAGCAAAAUGAUGAGAAGCUUGCGAUUGAGAGCAGCGCCUUUACUGGCUGUGCUUCUCGUGCUUUGUCUUUGUCUGACUCGAGUAGAAGCCUCUCUUGGCGAUCGCCUACCCGAGUUUCGCGAGUGUGUAGAGGUCUGCGCCAGGGAGAACUGCAAUCCCAAAAACAACCCGACACGCAUACCUCUUCAUCACCGACUCCUGUUCUGGACCUGCCCCCAAGAAUGCGACUACACCUGCCAACAUAUCGUCACCUCGAGGCGAGUCGCGCGCAAUGAGCCCGUCACCCAAUUCCAUGGCAAAUGGCCCUUUAUCCGGGUCCUCGGUAUGCAGGAGCCCUUCAGUGUGCUUUUCAGUCUAGGAAACAUGGUGGCACAUCAGAAUGGGCUCGCGAAGCUACGAGCGUCCAUUCCCGCCAACUACCCCCUCCGACCCUACUACUGUCUGUUCGCGUACUUUGGUAUUGCAACCUGGAUUUUUAGCAGUAUCUUCCACGUCCGUGAUUUUGUAGCGACAGAGCAACUGGAUUACUUCGCCGCUGGUGCUGGUGUCAUGUAUGGCAUGUACUAUACCCCGAUUAUAGUGUUCCGACUGGACAAGCCAACGCCGAGGCGGAGAAGCAUGCUGAGACUGUGGACGGUGCUUUGCUGCACUCUGUAUGCCUGCCAUGUAAUCUACCUCAAAGCAUGGAAGUGGGACUACACAUACAACAUGACGGCCAAUGUCGUCGUCGGGCUCACCCAGAACUCUCUGUGGACAUACUUCAGUUUCAGGAAGUACAGGCAGACGCACAAGCUUUGGGCCAUCUGGCCAGGUUGUAUCGUGGCUUGGCUCAUGAUGGUCAUGAGCUUGGAACUGUUUGAUUUCGCCCCGUUAUGGGGAGCCUUAGACGCGCACAGUCUGUGGCAUCUAGGCACUAUUGUGCCCACAAUCGUGUGGUAUAAUUUCCUGGUCAGAGAUGCGCAGGACGAUAUCUCCACAAACACCAAAUUAAAAGACAAGGAGCUUGAGUGAGACGCACCGCGUAGAAGCGUGCACGCAGAUUUGUUGUAGGUUUGGAGGGGCUUAGGUUAUUCCUCGUGGAUGAUACAUAGUCGUUCAGCCAUUUAUUAUCAAGAAGCCCUACUCCGUAAUACCUAGACU